UCUCAGGUCUCCCAGCUCUAUCUUGAGUUUCCAGUAUCCUCUGAAUCACUGCCAUCCGCACUCAGAGGAUUUGCUUGUUCCUUGCUGAACCCCGGUGAAUCCGAUAUUGUGACAAUUGAAAUAUCGCGAUAUGACCUAUCUGUCUGGAACACGGUCCAACAAGGAUGGAGUCGGCCCCAAGGCCUGAUUGGGUUGUUGGUUGGUGCUAGCAGCAGGGAUUUUAGAUUGAAGGGUAGCAUUCCCGGUUGA